AGUGUUGGAGAAAGUUGACUGAGAGAGUGGGCUUGCGCUGUGUUGUACGUUUAGUCCGAUGUUUGGAGAUCGAUCGGAUCUCUUUUACCACCAUUGUCAAUACACCUUUGCUUUGAUCGCUAGAAAAAAGGCAAAGCAGAUUUGGUCAAUUGCAAUCAAUCCUACACCAUCACACUUUUCCUUACAAAAUGGCCGCUCUAAGACAAGGUGCCGUUAACCUAAAGCUCUCGGCAGUUGCUGGAAGUCCUCAUCUUCGGAUGAUGGCUACAGGUGCCCGUGCAUUCAGUACAGGACGUGUUGCUCCAGUUCAAAACACACAAUCUCGUAAUGCAGCAACAGUUGCUCCCAAUGCCAAAGAAUCAUACAUCAAAGGAACAGUCAACGAACCAACAACCUUCCCUCCUCCUCAUCCAACUCACGGAUCAUAUCAUUGGGCAUUCGAACGUGCGAUUUCGGUUGCAUUGGUUCCAUUGAUUGCAGUUGGUGCAGUAAAGCAUGGAGCAAGUGGAAUUUUGGAUGCCACUUUGGCAUUGACCCUAGUCUUGCAUUCUCAUAUCGGAUUUACAGCAAGUUUGGAUGAUUAUCUACAUCCCCGUAAAUUUCCCAAAGCAGGACCUUUUGCUUCUUGGACUCUAAGGGCAGCAACCGUUGCAACGUUGGCUGGUAUUUAUGAAUUCCAAACAAACGAUGUCGGUUUCACAGAAUUGAUCAGCCGUGUCUGGACAGCUUGAUGUUCUCUAAAUAACCAAUUGUACUUUUUUCUUAUUCUUCCUUUUGUGUCUUUACACUUUAUCAGCACAAUGACAAUUCAUUACUGCUAUCACAUAUGAGAACUGCAUACAUACACACUACGUCAAGAAUCGGAAAGAAGUUGUAGCCUUUACAGCCUUUUGGGAAAGCCGAACGCCAGAAAGGGCGAUUGAUUGCUG